AUGUCACUCCAAAGUGCGGCAGACGUGCCGCUCCUCAUUAGCUCCCCGAAUUCGUCUUCGGAGCGCCGUAUUUCUCCGUCUUGGACCAUCGCUCAACUCAAGGCACGCCUCGAGCCCAUCACCGGUGUUCCCGCAAGCAGUCAACAGCUGUCGUUGCGCGUUGCUUCUCAGGAUGCCGUCGCUCUCAUUGCUCCGGACGAGGAACAGACGCGUCUUGCUGCCUUCCCGCUGCAGCCGUAUGCGGAGAUAACCGUCGUUGACACACGUCCUCCCGCUGCACGAACUGACUUUACCGAUCUGUCGUCCGUUGAGAAGUAUGAGAUGCCUGCUGCAGAGUACGAGCAUCGGACCGAUAGUGUUCUUGCAUGGAAGAAGGCGCAGAAACUGGGUCGUUUCGACCCAGACGCUCCCAGCAUCGAGCAGCAGAAGAUCCGCGCUUCAGAGCGGGAAGUAGAAGAAAGAGGUCUCUCUCUGAACUGUCGCGUCCGCCUACUCCCCGAGUCAGACGCUCGUCGCGGGACAAUAUCGUAUAUUGGACUUGUGCCUGAGAUACCGGGCAUCGGUGUGUGGAUCGGCGUUACGCUCGACGAGCCGACUGGUAAGAACGAUGGGAGCGUCAAGGGUAAGCGGUACUUUGAGUGUGGUGCCAAUUGCGGUGUUUUCGUGAGGCCAGAGAGGUGUGAGGCCGGGGAUUUCCCUGCGCUGAAUGAGUUUGGGGAUGAGGAUUUGGAGGAGCUUUGA